GGACAGUUGACAGAGAUGAUGCUGAUGAAGAGUGGUGGUGGCGCGGCCAUGGCUGUCCCUUGCAGACCGCCCAUGUGCUCCGCCAUGGCUUCCAAUAUCAAUUCAGAAAACCUACGUGCCCAACUGGGUCACCUCCAUUCUGAGGCUGAGACCACCAGAGACAAAGUGUAGUUGAGAUGAUUUUAAGAAUAGUUCAUGGUUGUUGGCUUAGCUAACAAUGCAAGAUUGAGGCUUCUGCGACUGUCAGAGGCAGCUGAGAAGCUUAGACGGCAAGCAGCAAUCAAUGUCCAGUCUGGGAGAGAAGACGAUGCUAGGGAAAUGCUCUAUCAGAAGAAGAAGGUCAUGCAGGCAUUGGAGAAGUCAAAGAAACGCAUCGAAUUGCUUGAUGAGCUUUCCGUGAAGCUUAAUGAGGCAAUUUCUGUAAAAGAGAGGCAGCUAAUUGGAAAUGUCGCUUUGGAUCUUGAAGUUGUCAGACAAGAUGUUUUCAGUCCAGUUCGAAUUGUAUCCCCAACACCUGAAGAUGCACAAGAUUUGGAUGAGGUCGAAGAACUUGUCCCCAAGGGUUCGAAGCUUACUGAUGACCAAGAAAACUUGUUCCUUACGGAGAAUCAAGCAAGCUUACCUGUUGAGCCAGAAGGAGACGAUGUUCGAAAGCCUUUAAAGACUGGAGUUUGGAAUGAAGAUGACAUACUUAGUAGCUUGCAGGGAAUAACCUCUUUUGAGAAUUUCUUGGAGCAUCUGGACAAUAAACUUAACAAAAUUGAAGCAGAACUUGUCACUGUAUUAAGGAUCUCAACCUUGGUAGUGGACAACCACGAGAAGGCAAAAAAUUUCAAGGUGCAACAGAUAAUGGAACUUAUUGAGAGUGUAGGUGGCAUUAGACAGAGAAUUUCAAGUAUCAAGCUGGCAGAUGUCGAGGUCAGAUAAAGUUUCAGUUCAUUCAAGCUCUAUUAUCUGGUAUGGAUUGUGUUUAUUCAUUAGAAGUUUCCACCUGCAACUCUGUUUUCAUGAGAAUUGUUGAACUAGAUAUUAAAGAUUAGAUAUGUUACACCUGCAUAGUUUAAAUGGUACAUGUCUUUUCAAUCCCUGAUGUUUGAAUCAUACUUCUUAGAACUCUAUUGGAAGUUACAGCAUGAAAACUUGUGAGGA